CGAGAACAUUUUCAGCCUGAGUGUGUGUGUGUGUGUGUGUGUGUGUGUAGGAUAAGUAAUAUAAAAACACAGCCUUAGGACUCGGAUAGGUGUCUUCGUUUUUUUUUAUUUGCGGACGCGUUUAAUUUUUUAUUUCCAAUAAAAUAAACAAAAACAAAUCCAUCAAGUUGAUCCAGCUGCUUCAGCAAGCGGCCCUCACCAUGUCUGAGGGAGACUACGAUUACCUCAUCAAGUUCCUAGCCCUGGGGGAUUCUGGGGUGGGAAAGACCAGCUUCCUGUACCAGUACACUGAUGGCAAGUUCAACUCCAAAUUCAUCACCACAGUGGGAAUAGACUUCAGAGAAAAGCGGGUGAUGUACAAGUCCAGUGGACCUGAGGGUGCAGCAGGGCGGGGCCAAAGGAUACACCUUCAGCUGUGGGACACGGCCGGCCAAGAGAGGUUCAGGAGUCUGACGACAGCCUUCUUCAGAGACGCGAUGGGUUUCCUGUUGCUGUUCGACCUGACGAACGAGCAGAGCUUCCUCAACGUCAGGAACUGGAUGAGUCAGCUGCAGAUGCAUGCGUACUGCGAGAACCCCGACAUUGUGCUGUGUGGGAACAAGUGUGAUCUGGACGACCAGCGAUUCGUUAAGGAGGAGGAGGCUCGAGAGCUCGCUGAGAAAUAUGGGAUCCCGUACUUUGAGACGAGCGCGGCCAACGGUGAGAACGUUUCCCAGGCCGUGGAUGUCCUGCUGAAUCUGAUCAUGAAGCGCAUGGAGAGGUGCGUGGAUCGAUCAUGGAUCCCCGACGGCACCCUGCGCUCCAACGGCCACAGCGGGAGCGAGUUGGUCGAACCGCCGACGCAGGAAAAGAGCAAGUGCGCCUGCUAGAGGCCGAAACGCCGCCACUGCGCCAUCUUUUUUUACCCCAACAUCCACUUCGCUAACUUCAUGAGCGCAUAGAGCGAGCGCGAGAGCGGCCACUAGUGUUCAAACAGUGCCAUUAAGUCAUCGUAUACUGUUAUUGUACACCAGGCUGGAUUUCAUCUUUACGCUUUUUACAAUUUGUAAUCAGGCCUGAGGUUUAAAUAGAGAUUUGGAAAAAAAAAAUUUUGCAUAAAUAACGAUGUCCUUAACAGUCCAGACCAAUAGAUUCACAGGAUUUUCACACAGAAAUCUGAAGCCAGUACUCAAUAGCAUGUCCCAAGUGUAUCAGAGAUGGAUAUGAAUUGCGUGAAUGUGUAUAUAUUUUCUCACUAGAUACAAUCCGGGUGGGGUUACACAAAGUAAAUCUGCAUGUGUGUGUGUGUGUUUUACCUUUUGAUUAGGUUGAGAAAAAAAAGGAUCAAUACGUUAAGAUAAAAAAAAAAAAUAAAAUCAAGGUGAUUCAUUAAGACGUUCAGAAGCCCAUGUUUCCAGACAUGAAAAAAGCUACGGGCACCAACAUCGAUCCAGAUUUAAAAAAGAAUAAAUUGUAUAGAUAUACAUCCCUCACUCUCUGACUGGUUAGUAAUGGAAGUCUAUCUCAAAACACACAAAAAAAAAAAGUGUAGGCCACACCCACUUCUUCAUUGAUACAAUCUUCAUUAGCUAACAGCUGAGAUACUCUGCUUGGUUUCAUAUUGAUCGUAAAGCACAGCAGGUGGCGCUGUUAAAAAUCUCUCAGCUGUUUCCUAUAACUACAGUAAAACGGUUGAUGAUACGUACAUCUCCGUCCUUCUUUAGGGCUUUCUCCAAUGAGGGUCUUAGAUGGUGUACUAAUUGUUCUUCAUGUGAAUUUGGCGGGGGUGGUGCCUGUCAAGACUCGAACUCUAAAUAGGCUCCGCCCCUUCAGUUUUCAAAGGUGUAGCUGUUCAUAUGAAUAUCAAACGAUGUUAGUAGAUGUACUUAUGGAAAGGGUGGACUUUUGAUGGUAGGUAAAGACUGUAUAGAAUGUGUGUGCCUCUAUAGGCUCCGCCCCCAUGGCUUGUUAAACUUCAUAUGAACAUAAUAGCAAGAGUCUUGAUUGACUCCGCCCCUGAUUUUGAGGGUGUAGUUGUUGUACUUUAGAAAGCAAAUGUAAUGGAAGAACAUGUACGUGACCGCUAGCUUCUAAAAGUUAUAUAAUGUAAUUAUAGAGCUAAAAAUCGUACGGAGAUGAACUCUGUGAAUGAUCACGCGACAUCUUCCUGCGAGGUAAAGUCUCUUUAGGCUCCGCCCCUUUCUUUGAAAACUUAGUUGUACGUCAUAUGAAUGUCAUACAUACAAGUGCAUGUGAUAUUUGCUGAAAUGGACCUCCAUUACUAGCGAACGCAUCACGUUCGAUUUACGUUUUUCCUUUAGUCAUUGCGCAGACUUUCGUUUUUCAAUCGUUGUGUUUUCCUUCAUUUAUUCAUUUCAGUGCCUUUCAGUUCUUCUACAUCGACGUUAUAUCGUACAAUACGUGAUAUCCAGCGUCCUCGGUGUGCGUCAGUGCGGUUAAACGAUAUCGUACGACGUUUCCGUUUAAAAAUUGUAAAAACGGUGUGUAUCAUCGGGACGAGUGAGAAACGCUGACUUGCUCUACAUUUCAUUUAGCCUCUGAAUGAAUGUACUGGAUUCAUGGUGUUUUUUUUAUAACUCGGACCUCUCGAUACGACCCAGCGUGUUCCACUAGCUUCUAGAAUUUACGUCUGUAUAAAUAUAAGUGGAGAAAAUUAAAAAACGUGUGCGUGUGAAUGCAUUACAGCUCAUUAAUACCCAAGUCUUUGAUGCACUAUGAUACAGGACGCAGUUAUUCACACCUAAAGUGCCUAACCUAAUGUAUAGUCUUUAACACUGUAUCCAUGCCAAACACUGUCUCUAUGCCAAACCUGUUUCAGAAAAUAAAUAUAUUUUAUUAUUUAUUAAAAAUGGCUUCACAAUGCA